CAAGCAGAUUGAGUGAAGUUUUGCCUGCCAUGAAAAUGGGAAGAGUGGUGAGAUCUCCAUCUUUUUUCUUUUUUCUCCCAUUCAUUUUAGCUCUUUUGUUACAAUCCUUGGGUUUCUCAAUGGCUAAUUUAGAAGCUGAAGCACUGUUGAACUGGAAAACUAGUAUGAAAAGUCACACUUUGGGCUCUUGGUUUCUUACAACCAGCAACUCCACCAGCCACUGUAGCUGGAUUGGUAUCAUAUGCGACAAUGGCGGAAGCGUAAUUGAGGUUAACCUCUCAAAUUACUAUUUGGAAGGGACCCUCAAUCAACUGAACUUCCUCUCGUUGCCUCAUUUGGCCAGUUUAAAUCUCAAUGCGAACUAUUUAGAAGGGAAAAUCCCAAAGAGUAUUGGAUCUCUUUCGAACCUCAGUUUCUUGGAUUUAGGAGACAAUUCCUUCACGGGGUCAGUACCUGAGGAGGUUGGCAAUCUCACUGAGCUUCGCUUCAUUUCUCUCCAAUGGAACGAUCUUAGUGGUCCCAUCCCUUAUCAGCUGGGUAAUCUGCGGAAGGUACGACACUUAGACCUUAGUGGAAACGUAUUUAACUGGUCAAGAUUUACAUGCAUGGAGUCUCUUACUUACCUCUACCUAUCUGAUAGUGCUCUAACAGAUUUCCCAGCCUUUGUUUUCCGAUGCAAAAACUUGGUACUUCUUGAUUUGUCUCUCAAUGGACUAUCCGGUCCGAUCCCCAUUCAAAAGCUUUCGAGUUUGAAAAACCUCAAGGUCCUCAACUUCAGAAACAAUUCAUUUCAAGGUCACAUUCCUGCUGAACUUCUGAAUCUAACGAAACUUCAAGUCCUUCGACUCUCUGAAAAUAAUCUCACAGGUUUCAUUCCUCAUGAAAUUGGCUUCAUCUUUGGGCUCCAUAAACUAGACUUGAGUUAUAACCCAUUACUGGGUGGACCCAUCCCUGCGUCACUAGGCCAGCUUUGGGCUCUUGAGGAACUAAGCCUCUACCACUGUGGGUUGAACUCUGGCAUUCCUGCACACUUGUUUCUCAAUUGGACAACUCUCACUUUUUUGGAUCUCAGUGAGAAUGUACUCGAAGGACAAAUCCCCUCUGGAAUUACCCUUCUAAAAAACCUUAAGUUCCUAGACCUAUCUUCAAAUCAAAUCUCUGGAUUUCUCCCAUCAAACAUUGGAAACCUUUCCAAGCUGUCUAUUCUGUAUCUAUAUGGCAACAAUCUCACGGGUUCCAUCCCUUCCUCUAUUGGAGAACUUUCCAUGCUUAAUAAUUUGUACCUAAACAAUAACUACCUCAAAGGCUCCAUCCCUCCCUCCAUUGGAAACCUUUCCAAGCUUCAAUUUUUGGACCUAUCUGAAAACAAUCUUAUGGGAUCUCUUCCUCCUGAGAUAUGGAAUCUUAAUAUCCAUGAUUCAUAUGGUUUUGAGAUCCAAUAUAUUCCGAGGCCCAUUAAUAAGCACCACAUCUCAACCUCAAGGACUCCAAGUUUUCUACAACUACAACAACUUUUCUGGUAAUAUACUGUGGAUUUGGGACAGAAAUUUGAAAUGUUGAAUAUCAGCUCCUCAAUUGAUCUACGCCAUCAGAUUUGCCAAGGCAUGAAAUUAUUGCCAGAAUUGUUGAAGCAUUGUACGAGCACGGUGACAAUCCAAGUGGAAACAUGCUAUCUCACAAUGAACACAACCAUGACUUAUGCCAAGCUUCCUAAUUUAGGAAGUGUGGAUCUCUCAAACAAUCAAUUUUCUGGUUGUAUUCCAGAAAACAUAGGAGAAGUCAUGCCAAAGCUAAUGGUCUUAGCUCUCUAUAAUAAUAAUAUUUCGGGAACCAUUCCCACCUCCAUUGGAGACAUGAUAAGUUUGUAUGCUCUUGAUCUUUCUAGAAAUAAGAUCAUGGGAUCUAUUCCCACCUAUUUGAGUAAUUUGGAAGAUCUGCAAUCAUUGGUCCUGAGAAACAACAGACUAUCAGGUGAGAUUCCAUCAUUAAAAAAUUGUUCCAAAUUACAAAUUUUGGAUCUCAGUGAAAAUCAAUUAUCUGGGUAUAUCCCGUCAUGGAUUGGCCAAAGUCUUACCUCACUUCGUGUUCUCUCUAUAAGAUCUAACAAGUUUACAGGGACCAUUCCUAAGACUAUGUCAAUUCUAUACUCUCUUCAAGUUUUGGAUGCUGCUGAAAAUUGCCUUUCAGGCACUAUUCCAGAUAUUUUCAUAAACUUCACAGCAAUGACUAUUACAGAGAAGAUGGCGGACAACAACUACGAUCGCAAUCACAUGUUCUAUUAUGUGGUGAGCAUUGAUAUAGUAGCAAAAGGGGCAAUGAUGGAUUAUACCAACUUUCUUUCUCUUGUGACAUGCAUAGAUCUUUCGAGAAAUAAUUUCUCAGGAAGGAUUCCAGAAUCAUUGACAAAACUUAUAGGCUUGCGUGUAUUGAACCUUUCUAGGAACAACUUGAUUGGGAAGAUUCCACAAAAGAUUAAUCAAUUGCAAGAGUUGGAAUCGUUGGACUUGUCGGACAAUCAACUCUCUGGUGCCAUUCCUCUCAACAUGUCAUCUAUGAGUUCCUUGGGCGCAUUGAACUUGUCCUACAACAAUUUGUCAGGUCUAGUUCCUUACGCUGGCCACAUGAUUACAUUUGAUGCCUCAACAUAUUAUGGAAACGAAGAUCUUUGCGGUCCUCCUCUUCCUAAGACGUGUGAUAGUCAUGAGUUAGUUCCUAGAUUUAACAAUGAUGAGGAUUUGAGAACUGGGCCACCGGAGGUCCGACAAUUUUGGAUCAGUGUGGGCUUGGGAUUUGGGACUGGAUUUGGAGGAUGGUUCUCAAUUCUAGCCAUUAAAAGGAAAUGGAACAAUGCAGUUCUCAAAGUCAUGGACUUCAUUGUUGAGAUUUUGAUAACGAGAUUGCAGCAUUUCUUUGGCAGAAGAAAUAGGUGUUGUUUAUACAACCAGUUUUAGAAGAUUAAAGUGAAGAAGAGUGUAAGAAUAUAGUAUCGGGUGAAUAAUCUUAUUAGGUGCUUGUACUGUUUGGAUGUAAGCUUGUAGUCCAAUAUGUUC